AUGCAAGAAAAGAAAAGAAGAGCGGAUUCUCUUUGCGGACAAGUAGACAGCCAACUGAACAUUUACUACCUAAGAUCAUUGUGCCACAACCAAGAUUCGUUAUACGUUCUCAAUCUAGAGCACCGGUUUAGUUGGAUUAUAUCCACGGAGGGAGUAUUUAAAUUUAAUCAAGAAAUACUUUUAAACACCAAUUUAGAAGCAAGUACAGACUGCAAGGAUGGUGAAGGCGCCGUAACCUUCUUGUCCAACCAGCUCGGUAACAUACCGGAAAUCAAAGCAAAUAGCUAUUAUAGCAAAACUUGUUCCAACAAGAAUACUACAAAACGUUGCUACCCAAAUGAUGAUUCAAAUAUUAGCGUUUUUAAAAUUGUUUGCCCCACAAAUAUUUGUAUUUGUGGUAAUGUUGAUAAACAAUGCUACUUUGCAAAAACUGUUAAUCCUGGAUCUUUAGACUAUAUGUUCUAUUCUCAUAGUGGCAGCAUGUUUGUUAAUCCAAAUGUUGGUUCAGUUUCACUAUCGUCACCUGAUAACCAUCAUUUUGAUCCAAAGACUAGUGCCCCAAAAUUCAUGGAAUUAACUCCAGGCACAAAAUCAUAUCUUAAUGGGAAAGAGCUUUCUGGUAAAAAGUUUUUAAAUAUGCUAGUCGACUCUCGAAUUAAAAGUUUUUUUUUAUUUGAGCUUGGUCUACCGUAUAACAUGUAUUAA